GGUUUAGAAAUACGGGUAACAUUUAUUGGGUUAUUCAACACGAGUUCCAAACCUUCUCCCCUUUCGACAACAGGUCUGAUGGGGGGGGGGAUUUUCCAAUCUCCCUACUUGAAGGGGUUCCCACCGGGUCAUUCCAGGGUCCCUGCCACUCAGGUGGGGUGUCAGGAUUCAGUAAUAGUCCCUCCUCUCCUUCCAACAGGGGUUCCAGAUAUCCCCUCUGUUGCGCCUCCCAUAUCCUCCACUCUAACCUCUCCCGCCGUUCUCUUUCCACCCUCUCUCUUUCCUCAACUACAUCUGCCACUCUUUGGUUUCUCUCACCCCAGUAGGAUGGCUUGGGGUUGAGUUCCUGUCUCCUCCUGGCAUCCGCCUCCUCUUUGGGGACUUGCAGCUUUUCUAUCUUUCCCGCCCAAGGGUCCUCAACCCAAAUCCAUUCCCAACCGCUGGCAAUUUCCCUUCUCCCCUUCUUAUAUCCCUAACCCCACCUCCACCACUUCCCACCCUUUUUCUCCCGCCCGCCAAGAUGGUUCCAGUUCCUGCGAUAGUUAGUCCUUUCAAAUCUCCCUCUAGGUUCCCCGGGUCAUGUCCUGGAGGUCUUGUCUUCCUGGAAGCGGGGACUGGUGGGGUUUGGCUCUCUUCCUCAGCAGUUGGCGGGAGGGACGGCACUCCCGAGAGAGGGGUCUCUCUCUCUCACUCUCCUUCUUACAGUAAGGCACUGAGAACAAUGAACCAUCCAGGUAGUGGACUGCCACUUGAAAAUUAGCCUAGUUAUGCACAGAGAUCCUUGCAGCAGGUGGCAAACUAGCCAUAGCAACAACUAACACAAUGCCAGUGCAAAACAGUUGUGAUUUCCAUCAGCAGAAGGCCCACGUGCAGAUGAAAUCAUCAUCAAACAACUGUGUAGCUAUGGAUCAUUAAGUCCAGCCUCUGUCAAGGAGGCCCAGUGGGGGAAUCAGACUCCCAGCCUCUGGCUCUGCAGACAGAGACCUAAAUGACAGCGCUAUCCAGCAAUUAGAUCAAGGACUUUUAAGACAGGAGAUAAAGGUACUACCCUAAUUGUAACCUUCCACUCCUACAUUUUUGCCAAAAUUUUGUUGCCGAUGCUGCAGCGGUCAGGAUGUCUCCCUAGACUACAAGACGCUGAAACCUCCUGCCAGGCUAACUUUCUAAAGAUUUGGGAGACAGGAAAAUACAUAACAAUAAACUAUAAGGAACUGUGCCAGAUGAGGAAAAAGGAAGCUGUACAUCAGAGUAUACAAUAAACAAUCCUUUGCAUAAAGUUAUCUCAGUGUAACUAGGGUACAGCUUUCCUACAUGAUGGGGCAGUUUCUCCAGAGGUGGGGGAUCUAAAUGAACAAGAUGUAAUCCUCAUGCUUUCUUCUCUCGCCCACUCUGCUUAUAGGACAACCACAAUGUGCGAUUCUGCUCCAAUAAUUUUGAUUUGUGCCACUCUUCUGUGUCAAGGUGCCUACACUCAGCCAUUCUCCAUUCACAGUCAACAGCAUCAUCAUGAGCAAUACUGGUACCAGUCCACAUUGGAUCAGAUCCCAGUGAUCAGUGGAGGUACCUGCAAGGUGAUUGCUGUCCGCCGCUGCUGCAACCACAACCACAUUGAAGAACGGUCCCAAACUAUCCAGUGCUCGUGCCUCCCGGGAAAAGUGGCAGGGACAACCCGUGGCAAACCUUCUUGCGUGGACACCUCUAUUGUAACAGGAAAGUGGUGGUGUGACAUGGAGCCUUGCCUAGAUGAUGAAGAGUGCAAAGCGUUGCCCGACAACUCUGGCUGGAUGUGCCUGCUAGGAAAUCGUGUCAAAACUACUAAGGUACUAGCUGCUCACAUGACCCUUGGCCCGAAAUAGUGAACUCUGUGCAAAGCAAAUUUGUUCCAUGCCACCUUCCUGGCAUCUUAACUGUCUACCUUGUCUUAGAAGCCUGCGGCAGAUUUUUUGGCAGUUCACAGGGACUGCUAGAUGAGACAUACUCCAAGCUCCAUUUUACAAUUUGCCCUUGUUUUCUUUUCAGAUCCACAGUAGACACUGAAUUCUGCAAUAAUGAAAAAUUCAUCUUCUAAGUGACCAAGGGAGAUCUGAUAACAUUUUUGAGAUUUUUGCUACAAAUGGUAGUGAGAGAUGCAACUCCCCCUCUAGCCACUGAGCAGCACAAAACACCACAGGAAGCACAGAGAAGAAGCUACACUGCAGUCCUCAGUCCUCUGGGCAACAGCAAGCAAUCUCAGACAACUGGGUUCCUAUCAAGAUCAGGGUCUGAUGACUUUUCAAAGGAUGUUGUGAUUCUUAAUUGUGGGGAAUGGAAUGCCUUCCUCACUUAGUAGAAGAAAAGACCAAUGCUAUCUCACUUCACUAGUAGCAGGACAGCAAACCAGCUCAAAACCCUCCUUAUGCAACAUACCCAUAUGUUUCUAACCUUUCCCCCGCCCUCAACCCCGGUUUCAGCAGCCAUCUAAUUAAGUUUUCCAGGACAGAAACUAGACAUUUAGUUUGUAUUUACAUCAGUAACAUGUAAUACAUCAAACCUUUUAAAAAUUAGCUUCAAAUGUAA